UGAGUAAGUAAUCAAUAUAUGGCACUGCUAUGGUAAACCGACAAACGUGUCAGAUAAGCUGCAAUUCAAUAUCGUGAUUACCACGUGUUAUUGAGGCUAAACAUAGCCAACCACGUGUUACUUAGACCGAAGUGUAAAUCAAAUUCAAAUUAUAGUGACGAUAAUACAGUGAAAUUAUUCCUGCUUUUUACUUAUUUGUGCUUCAUUAUUCAAAAUUCUAUAAUUAUAAAAUAUAUACAUUAAAAUGCCAUCGAAAAAAUCUAACCUCAACAACGCAAGCACCAGAGAGGCACGACGCAAACGUGUUGAAAGAGCUGAUCAGUUGCCAGAACAAGUCGAUACAAGAAAUACAGCUCAAAGAAUUAGGACAGCAGAAGGUCGUGCACAAGAAUCUCAAAAACAGUGUAGCGAACGUCUGCAACAGAAUAUUACGAGAACAAGAGCGGCACGAGAACGAAACAUAGCUACAGUACGAGCACAAGAACGACAAAGGCAACGGAUCAGCCGCUCAUUGAUACGUACAUCAUUCGUUCGUCUUGCUUUUGAAUAUGCACCAGAUAUUAACUACUCUGCGCAUUCAAAAAUUAAUAUCGGUGGAAUGGAUAAAGUAUGUCAAUAUUGUUAGGCGUUGAAAUUUCGAAAUGAAGCUGCCGGUAUGUGCUGCGCAGCAGGAAAAGUCGUGCUGCCACCUCUACCCGCUCCGCCAGAACCUUUAUUAUCCCUUCUUGCUGGGAAUUCAGAUGAUUCAAAAUUAUUUUUGCGUAAGAUACGCAAAUUUAAUUCUUGCUUCCAAAUGACGUCAUUUGGGGCAGCUAAAAUUUGCGAUCUUGCAUCCGAUGGACGUAAUUUUGAAACUACAUUCAAAAUACAAGGCCAGAUGUACCACAAAAUUGGAUCAUUGAUGCCAAUGCCUGAUGAUAAUCCAAAAUUUCUUCAAAUUUAUUUUAUGGGCGAUUGUGAAGAGCGCGUAACUACUCGGUGCCAGUAUAAUUUCAUUAAACAAGCAGAGGAAAGAGCAAUUGUGAUAUUACUGGAAAAUUUUUUAGACGAUCAGAAUCAACUACUUCAAUUAAUCAAAAGAGUUUCGCCACGAUUGCAAAAUGACAACUAUCAAAUCGUCAUAAAAGCCGAUAAAGUACCAAUAGGUGAACAUGCUGGUAGAUUCAACGCUCCAAUUGUUGAUGAGGUUGCUGUUAUCAUGGUUGGUGAUCCAGUUGACAAAAGAUCUAUAAAAAUUACACGGCGAGACAACACUAUCAGUACGAUUUCAGAUCUACACCGUUCAUAUGAUGCACUACAAUAUCCAUUGAUAUUUUGGCAAGGACAGGAUGAAUAUCACCUUAACAUCAAACAGUGUGAUUCUAAUACCGGUGAUUAUGGAAAUAAAAAAGUGAGCUCAAUGAACUACUACGCACACCGAAUAAUGAUUAGACUAAAUCAGGACAACUAUAUCCUUCGAUAUCGUCAGCUAUUCCAUCAAUACAUUGUUUGCCAAAAAUGUUGAUGUUGAUGAAAUUAACUUCCAGAUACAACAGUUGUUAUCAGGCGAUCUGAUAUCUUUUAAAUCAAUCGAUACUGUUGUUGAUGAAAAUGAAAGUGUAAAUUUUCCAACUGAAUUUUUGAAUUCACUAGAUAUACCUGGAAUGCCACCCCACAAUCUUCAAUUAAAGAUUGGUUCCCCGAUUAUUCUCCUACGUAAUUUGAAUCCACCUCAAUUAUGCAACGGUACACGUUUGAUCAUCAAAAAGAUCACCGGAAACAUUCUUGAAGCAACCAUUUUAACUGGGAAGUUUAAAGGAAAAGUGGUCCUGUUGCCACGUAUUCCAAUGAUACCGACAGAUUCUACCAUACCUUUCAAACGGCUACAGUUUCCAAUUCGUUUAGCUUUUGCCAUGUCAAUAAAUAAGUCUCAAGGCCAAACAAUGUCCAUUUGUGGUUUAGAUUUGGAAAAUCCGUGUUUUUCUCAUGGGCAACUAUAUGUUGCAUGUUCACGUGUUGGGAAACCGUCGAAUCUAUUUGUGUUAGCUAAAGACAGGUUAACCAAAAAUAUUGUGCACCGAUUAGUGCUAAAUUAAAUUGAAAUUGAAAGUAUUUAUAAUUUAAAAUAAUAAAUAUUACUGUUAAAGAUUUAAGACUAUCUGCCUUACCUACCUCAUUCAUAAGUUUAAAUGUCAUAUGUUAUUCACUAACAACUUUGUAAU